GGACUCCAGAUCUUGAGUCAAUAAGUCAUGCAAACAAUUCGAUAUGUCUGAUCAGUAUGAUAGUGCCUUGCGCAGGUUAAUUUGCGCUGAUGAUGACAAGCUUGGUCCAAUUCUCGCGAAGUUGUUACCCUUGGUCUUUGACGAGCUUCUUUCACAGACAGACUCAACGCUGCGGGCCAAGCUGGUCAACAUCUUGAACCAUGUGCUCACACGAGCAAAGGGCAAUACGGCCAUCAAUCUCCCCGCCCAAAGUAUUUUGGAACGUUGGUUUGCACCUGGACUGGCCACAAGUCCAAAUGGACCAUUUUUCAGGAACUUGUCCAUCAUUUUUCUGGAUGUGGGAAUUCCUCGCUUGCAGCCACAGGAACAAAUUGAUCUAGCCUUGUACUCUUUAGAGAACUUCGGGAAGCUCCUUCCUGGAUUGGACAGGAUUGUUGUCUUUCUCUCCUGCAUUCCUGGCCUUGGACAGAUUUCCGAACUGCGCAAAGAGCAGGUGACGCGUUGUUUGGCGCUUCUGAAAAGUUCCUCAUACGAUUCAGUUGCUGCCUUUUUCCAGUCCGCUGUUGAGUUUUUGCUCAUCCCUUGUGGGGCAACGGAGGCCGCUUCUGUAGGUGGGUUGCCGUCCGCAAGUUGGUCACACUGGAAGUCUCGCCUCAAGUCAAAAGCAGCUGCAGAGAUGGUUGGGCUCAAGUGCACAGUGCUUCGGUGGCUGUCAUCGCUUGGCGCCGAGCCUCCUGCCUUUUUAGUCUACUUGCCAUCCCUGGUAGCAUCAGUGGAGAACUAUGACGCAGUAUCCAAUAUGGCCGAAAGCAACUGCAAACGGUUGGAUUUGGAGCUAGAUAUGGAUAACGAUUUGGACCUUCUUGGCCGACUCAUCUGCCUGGGUCUCACCUCUGCGCCGCCGGGCCAAGAAGAUGCCUCAGGUCCUCUCAAGGUUGAAACAAAGGUGUCUGUUCCGGCCAAGUUGAGACACAAGGUGCUCGUGCUACUGCAACGCUCCCGUGGCAUUGGGCCAUCUCUAGUGGCACAUGUGGUGCACCUGAUUCGGCAGAGCCUUCGUGAAAACGAGCAGGUACAGCAAAGUGCUUUGCAACUGGCAUUGGUGCUGUCUGAAACAGUUGAUCCGGAGAACUUGGUCGAGACGAGUGAAAAGAUACUAGCAGAGGUUGAAGCGGUUUUUUGGCCUGGUGGCGGCGUCAUCGCGAUGGGCACUGCAACUCCUUUGGCCUUCAAGACCUUCGGAAGCUUUGCUCGACAACUGGCUGAGCGACCCAGUGGGCAAGGCAGUGCGCUUGCGUUGCAGAGUGCGCCGAAAAUGCUCAGCCUGUUGGCAGCAAAUGAUGCUGCUGCGCAGGACAUCCUUGAAGCCCUCUCUGGCCUCGUAGCCUGUCUUCGCGGCAGUGAGGAACGUGAACGGCAAGACUUUCUCCCGUUGCUGGACAAGUUGGUUACGGCCCCACGGGCAGUUGUCCGCAGGGAGGUAUUGCGAUGGUCUUCAGCACUCUUCCCUACCUCAUCGCCAGAAGGCCGGUACUAUGCUUUGCGGCUCGUGGGUGACAAGGACGCAGAUCUAGCGAAGGCAGCAGAGUCUUCGUUAGCAGCUGGAGGACAUGAGGCACCGCCAUUCUUUGCCAUGUGCCAAUUUCUUGCCCUUCGAGCCAUUGGAGAUGUAGAUGUGGCAGCAAGGCUUGCUGCGCAGGAAGAGGGUUUGCUGCAAGGAAUGCCGCCGCUUGCCACAGGAUUCACAUGGUUUGACCUUGCUCGGGCAGUGUCUUUCUUGAUCAAGCUCGCUCAGGCUGAAGGGCUGGAGUCUGCUGUUGAGGAGGGUGAAUCUCAAGUGCGAGCAGCCAAAAAGCCCCGCUUGACUCAUGGCGCUGAAGCUGCGGCUGUUUUCAUGGUCAUGCUGGAUUACAUUCUCAGCACUGCUGUUGAAGGUGCGCCGUUCACAGUCUCAGAUGAGAUUGCUGAUGGCGCAACUUGUUUGGAGCUUGCUCUUCGUGGCCUUCUUCUUGCAGCCUGUCUCUCUCGAGGCUACAAUGUGGAACCCGUGAUCAAACGAGCUGAAGCUCUUCUCCUAGGAGGAUCUUCCUGUUUACGUGGAGGUCGAAUUGGCAACCGAAUGAGAAGACUUGGUGCACGUGUUCUCGGAGCAUUGGCCAAGCAGGCACCAGGAACUUCUACCUUGUGGCUCAGACAGCUUGAUGCCUCUCUUGCUGACUCGAGCGCUGAAAAGCGUGCUGCUGCGGCCCUUGGAGUUUGUGAGCUUCUCCGGGAAGGUGUAGAUGCAGACGAUCCUGCGAAGACUUGCCACAAGGUUCUUUCUUUCCUUGUGGCACCACAGAUGGAGCAGGACAUUGCAGCAUUGACCGCCGCAUGCGAUGGGCUCCGGCGCUUGAGCGAGCGGAAGCCUUUGGUAUGGAACAGCUUGGAGCAGGUUUCACCCCAAGGCCAAGGGAAAGAUGUUUUGCUGAAUCGAGUCUAUGGGUUGUCCACUCCCAUGAUGGAGGCAAAUUCAGAAGUGACAAGUGCUCAUACAACUGAUCUUGUCUAUGCAAGUUGGCGAUUCAUCGGACAGCUUGCAGCAUGGGAUGGUGAGGGUGAGCAGUGCCUAGACAAGCUCAUUUCGAUUGGCCAGAGGGACAUUAGUGAAGAGGCCCUUGCGGCGAUGGGCUUGGCAUUGUGCGCUGCAAUUUCCAAUCCAUCUGAGCCGCAAGGAGAGGUAGCUACUUUUCGUGCUGGUGGACUCAUGCAUCGUUUGCUGAAGAUGGCUGGUGAUGAAAAGAGUGACCGAGAAAAGGUGGAGGAACACAUUGAGGAUGGAGCAGCAUCCCUGGCCCGGAAGCGUGCACUCGCGGUCCAUGUCUUGGAGUCUUUUGGAUGAGUGCAGACCUGCUCGAAGUGGAAGAUUCAGAGAAUUGAAGUGAGGAAACUCAUCAAACUCCUUCUUGCGCUCCCCUGUGGUAGGCAGAACGUGAUGCCGAGCAACGCUGUGGCGUGACAUGGUGGGGAUACGCUUAUCGCGUUUUGCAAGUGGUUUCAACAGAUAGGAAGAGGAGGAGGAGCAGGAGGAGGAGCAGGGGGAGAAGCAGAAGAAAGAGGGCAAGCUGAAAAAGUUUCAUUCGGGAUACCUUACUUCACCUUUUGCAAACCCCAUAACGCACCAUACACCUCUCUUUUUUGGCUCCCGUGCUUAUUGAUUGUGUGUCUCUGUCCUUGCUUGCUGAGCGGUUGGUUGGCUCAGCUUGGCUUAGCCUGACUUGGCUCGACUGCGUUUUCUCGUUUCUCUUUGAAGCGGCCGCUGCAAGAUAUCACAUAUCAUAUGUAUACUAGCCAGGAAAGAGAGAUGACAAAAUAUCCAAGAGAGAAGAUGUAAGAGAGAUGUUGCGUUCAAUUCUUUGAGUUCAAAUUUGAGGAAUUUCUGCAUCCGUGGUUUGGGAAGGGUGUUUGGGAGGCUUGCCAUUCUGGUGCGGCAGUGGUUGCCUCGCAGCUGCAGCAAUUUUGCCCACCAACUUACAACACUUUCAGGAUGGCG